AUGAACCGUCUGUUCGGAGCGAAGAGCACGGCGCCCAAGCCAACCCUCAACAACGCCAUCUCAAACGUCGACACACGAAUAGAAACCCUCGAUGUCAAGCUCGCCAAGCUCAACGCCGAGCUGUCCGCCUACCAGCAGAAGCUCGCCAAGAUGCGCGACGGGCCCGGCAAGACUGCCAUCAAGCAAAAGGCACUCAAGGUGCUCCAGCAGCGCAAGAUGUACGAGUCACAGCGCGACCAGCUCCAGUCCCAGUCGUGGAACAUGGAGCAGGCCGGCAUGAUGCAAGACAACCUCAAAAACACAAUGACCACCAUCGACGCCAUGAAGACGACCACCAAAGAGCUACGCAAGCAGUAUGGCAAGGUCAACAUCGACAAGAUUGAAAAGUUGCAGGACGAGAUGGCUGAUCUCAUGGAUAUGGGCAACGACAUCCAAGACGCCAUCAGCCGCAGCUACGAUGUGCCCGAGGAUGUCGACGAGUCGGAGCUCGACGCCGAGCUGGAGGCGCUUGGGGACGAGGUCGACUUUGAGGCUAUCGGCGAGUCCUCGAGCGUACCCGGAUUCUUGACCGACGACAUGGCACCACCAACAUUCGUCGACGAGGCCCCAGAGCCAAAGGUCAAAGAGGCUGCUGGUUGA